AUGGGUAAGAAUAAAAAAAGAAAAAAUUCCACAGAUAUAAAUUUAUGUGAUAAUAAUAUUGGGGUUAAUAAAGAAAAAGAUAACGCUUUGAAUUUUAAUGAUAUAGAUAAAAUUAUAGAAAAAGGUGAUAUGGAAAAUAUGAAUUCUUUGGAUAGGAAUAAAGAAGGAAUGGAAGAAAAUAAUAAUAACAAAGAGAAAAGUGUCAUAAAUGGUUUAAAAAAUAAUAAUAUGAAUAAUAAAAUAGUAGAAGAAAAUGAAGAUGAAAUAUCUGUAAGUGAUGACAAUAGUUCAAGUAGUGAUGAAGAUCAUGAGGGAUUAUUGCUAACAUCGAAAUUUAAAAAAAAGUUUAGUAAUUUAUUAUUAAAAUUAAAAAGUAAGGAUUCAAAUUUAUUAGAUAAAAAUAAUGAUAAUUUUUUUCAUGACAGUGAUUUUGAAACGGAAUUAUCAAGUAAUGAGGAAUCCAAAGAAGAUGAAAACCAGGAUGAAAGGAAAAAAAAAAAAAUGAAAUUACAUCAUAAUGUUGACGAUGAUGAUGAUCAUAAUGAUGACGACAACAAUAAGGAUGACAAAAAAAAAGAACGUGAUAUGUUGAAUUAUUCAGAAUAUUACAAAGAUAUUUUAUUAAAAGAAGGGUCUCAAGCUUUUGAAAAAGAAGAAGAAGAAUUAUUGAAUAAGGAAAAGGAAUUAAAUUCAAAAAAAAAUAAAAAGACAUAUUUGGAUGAACAAGAAGAAUUAAAAAAACAAAUACAAGAAGCAUGCAAAAUUGCGGAUGAAGAAAAUGAUAAUAUAUGUGAUGAUAACUUCUUUACCAUAAAAGAGAAAAGUGAACAGGAAUUAUUAGAAGAAAAAAAAUACUAUGAAACAUUUUUGAAGACUUCUAAUAUGAUGAAAGAAGAAAAUAAUUUAUUAAAAGAAUAUUGGAAAGAUAAUUUAACUAAAGAUGAAGAAUUUUUAAGAGAUUAUAUUUUAAAAGAAAUGUGGAGAGAAGAUAAGGUUCAAAACCUUUAUGAAGAAAUAGAUGAAAUUGAUGAUGAAGAAUUAGAAAAAGCAGAAAAUUUUGAAAGGACAUAUAAUUUUAGAUAUGAAGAGCAAAAUGGAAAUAUGAUUAAUUCUAUACCUCGUAAAAUAGAAAGUAGCGUAAGACAAGAUAUUAAGAAAAAAAAAAAAAAAGAAAAAAGAAGAGAAAAAAAGAAAAAACUAAAAGAAAAGAAAAAGAAAUUACUUUUAGAAAAUUUGAAAAACGAUCAAAAAGAAGUAGAAAAAAAUAAAAAGUCAAACAAGAUAAAUAAUGAUGUAAAUAAUAUGAAUGGUAUUAAAAAUAAUGAGCAAAAUAAAAAAAAUUCAAAUAAAUAUAAUUUUGAUGAAGAGGAUUUAUGGUUUUUAUGUGAUUUAUGUAAUAUUCCUAUAAGUCCAUUAUGUUAUGUGUAUGAAUGUAGCAUAUGUGAUAAUUUUGCUUUGUGUAAAAAAUGUUAUAAAAAAAAUAAGCAUGAACAUAAUUUAAAAAAAAUAUUAGUACCCAGACAUUGCAUACCACCAAAGGAUUAUGCAAAUGAAGGAUUGUUACCAUUAGAUGGAAAUAUUAUGAGUAAUAAUAAUAAUAAAUAUGAUGACAAUUUAAUGGAAUACCUAGAAAAUGAUUCAAGUGCAUAUGAAGAUUUAAUUGAUGAUAUGCCCAUUAGAUUUAAAUAUAUCAAAGUGAAACCUAGAUCAUUUAAAUUAUCCACUGAUUAUAUUUUGAAUACUGAUGAUUCAACAUUAAAUAAAGUUGUUCCUUUAAAAAAGGUUUUACCCUAUUAUGAAACUAAGAAAAAAUUAGUAGAUACAUCAAAAGUUUAA